AUGGAUCAAUUAACUCUCAAGAAACUAGUUAAUAAACUUAUUGAUGAAAAGCUUAAAUUAGUUUGUGAAGAAUGUCGUAAAAAAACAACUUAAAAAAAACUUGGCUAUCAUAAUUAUAACAUUUCUAUUCAACCGACACCUAUUAAUUUUGAUUUUAGUAUCGACAAUGAAAAUAAAGAAAACUGUCUUCUUUCUAAUAGAAAUACUAAUAAUGCUAAUAGAGUCAAAGCAUCUAAAAGUUAAGCUCUUGAUCUUGGACAAUAAAUAUUUAAUGCUGAUAUAAGGUAUAGAAAUCUCUCUCAUUUUAUAGUGUAAUUAGACCCAUAUCUUAAUUUUCAAGUCCUACAGUUAAAGCGUCUCGAAAAAAAUCUAUGCCUUUUCUCAAAAAAGAAACUUAAACUACUUAUGAAAAAGUACUUAAAUCAAAAAAAUGA